AUGAAUGAUAAUCGGCAAGUUCAAGGGUAUAACUGUGAUGGAUGUUCUAGGUCAAUUCCUAGCGGUCAAGAGGCACCUCGUUUCGUUAUGAAAAUGACAGAAGCCCCAAAUUUUGAGGGGUAUAUGAAUAACAAACAUUUUUCCGAAAAUACUAAGGGAUUAGCAAAAGAGUUAGAGGAGGAUUGA